AUGUUGGGACUGCCAACACCGGCACCGGAUGCCUUGCCGCCUCAGAAAACUUACGAACGUUUUUUCUUUGUGCAAAAACGCAGUUUUGCAACUGUCGGUAUUGAUCCUACAUCCUUUGAGCGUACCAUUAUCAGUUAUGGACUUUUUUGGAUACCAUUUUUUGCCAUGGUAACAAUUCCUGGACCUGCACUUCUGCUCGCCAGGAAUUAUAUUACCGACCUUAAUGUGGUGGCCAGAAUUUUGACACCGGUUUGGCAAUCCAUCUUGGCUGGGUUAAAAAUCUGUGUUUUCAUGUGGCAGCGUAAGAAAAUCAUUUUUCUGGUGCGCAAAGUGUGGUUAUGGAAUUUGGAUGGGUUUUCGAUUUUACAACAACAAAAAGGUUCUUUCGCCAUAGGCGAAGCUGCAAAUGCUAAGGAAGCGGAAAUCCUCACGAAGGAAAAUGUCAUUGACCAGAAGAUUACGUCAUUUUAUUUUGUUUUAGUAGCUGUUUCCGGCUUCAGCGCCAUAUUAAUAUACAUUUUGGACAUUCAUGAAACCUAUAUUGGUUAUUUAUUUGCCUUUGUGUGGGGUUCGUUAGCUAUUUAUUGUAUAUGCAAUGGUUCACUGGCAAUUGACUCCCUUUUCUCAUGGUUUGUCUGCAAUUUUGUUGGACUAUUUCGAAUUCUGAAUUUGAAAUUCAAAACUUUAGCUGAAUCUGGCAAUCUCUCUGAUGGAGAGUUCAAAGAUGGCAUUAGGAAAUGUGUAAUGUACCAUUUGCAAGUGAUCAAAUUGGUCGAAAGUUUCAAUGAAGUCUAUAAGACAAUUAUUUUUUUGAAAUUUCUGAUCAGCUGUUUCCAAAUUGCUUUCAUAGUUUUUCAGUUCCCGAAUACUGAGGAGAUGGGUUUUCAAUUGAUGCAUGCCUCAUUUCUUUCCUCGGUGGCAACACAGUUGAUGCUUUACUGUCAUGGUGGGCAAAAAAUUAAGGAUAUGAUUUGA